UCGUCUGGCAAGACUGCGGGCACCGAGUCGUCUGGCGGAACAGCGGGCACCGAGUCGUCUGGCAAGACAGUGGGCUCCGAGUCAACAGGCACGACAGUGGGCAACGGGUCAUCAGGUAUCGGAUUGUCUGGCUCGACAGCGGGCAUCGGGUCACUAGGUAUGACAGGGGGCACUGGGUCACCAGGCAUCAGGUCAUUUGGCUUGCCAGCGGGCACCGCGUCAUCUGGCAAGGCAGUGGGCACCGGGUCACCAGGUAUGACAGCGGGCUCUGAGUCAAUUGGCACGACAGCGGGCACUGGAUCAGGUACCGGAUCAUCUGGAUCAACAGCGGGCAUCGAGUCAACUGGCCUAAUAGGAUCGUCGGGCUGGAUCAGCUGAGGAGAGGCAUCAGGCUGAGGAGAGGCAUCAGGCUGAGGAGAGGCAUCAGGCUGAGGAGAGGCGGCUGAGAGAGGCAUCCGGCUGAAGAGAGGCAU